CAAAUCAGAAUCCGCAUUCAUCACAAACACUUUCUUCGCAACCACAAUCUCAACUUAUUCCACAAUACUUUCCGUACUCGCGGUCACGGCCUCCACCACAGGAUAUAUCAAAUGGGUCACCACAACAGAUGAAUUUGCAGUCACAGCAAGAUUAUUCAAACCAGCAAAUUCCUCAAGUGGACCAGUCGCAAACAUUGCCCUAUUCACAACAACUUGCACAGCCCAUUCCUCAAGUGCAAUUACCACAAUCGUUACGUAUUCAACCAAAGAUAUCCACUUUCCAGUUUAUGGAUGGAGAUAUGACAGAUCAAAAACAAAUAUUGUCUCCUCAAAAGAAUACAAUUGGACUUGAUAAUGCACCAAGAAUUGAGAAUACAAAUACUUAUGAUAAUGUGACUAGUUUUACAAAUAUCAACUCUAGGAUUGAGACACCCGCUCAUUACAAUCCAACAGCAGUGAAUAGAAUCUUCACUUCUGAAAUUCAGCCUGUCAACCAAAUAAAUAACACCAAUUCAUUUAAUACUAACAAUUUUAAUAAUUCCACCAUCUUUCAAGCUGUUCCUGAACGUAUUAACUCGUCUUUACCUUCACCUCCUCAACCUCAUGAAGUACCACCGCCAAUGAAUUGGAUAAAUCAACAUCAAA